CGGGAUCCUUUUUCUCUUCCGAUAAUACGACGAGCCCUUCCCGUUGACCGUACUUGGAAAUUGGAAGCAACUCCAUCGGAAGGACAACAUCUGAGUAACAUUAACUUGCAAUGUUCAGUAGGAAAGGUGCUUCAGAACAAUUUUCUUCACCCUUAUCUCUCCUUUCUCUGUUCAAAACUGGCAGACAAGGAUACCAACGACCCAAAUUUUAUCCUUUUUUUCUCCGGACAGAUCAACAACAGGAAGGUGGUGGGUGUGUUUAUGUGUAUAUGGAAGAUAAUACAAAUGGAGUUUAAGAAGAAGGAGAAAAUAGUUUUGGGUUUGGAAGAAGGGUUACUUGGAAUAGGAGUUUUGCUAAUUCAGAUCUUCCUCUCUCUCCUCAAUUUUUCCUCUCAUUUCACAAAACCCGAACACCCUCUGGUCUUUCUUUUUCCUUCCUGCCUCCCCUCCGCGAUGGCUCGUCAUUCUCGGAGGGAGUCCUCUUCCGAUUCUGUGGUUUGUCCUGAUACUGAUCUUCUCUGGCCAUUCGGGAAGCUUGACGGGCUUGAUCGGGAUGAAAUCCGCGAGACCGCGUAUGAGAUCUUUUUCGCAGCGUGUCGGUCAUCACCUGGAUUUGGAGGCAGAACUGCUCUCACGUUUUACUCCAAGCACAAUGGUGGUGACCAUCAAGGAGAUGGAGUAGGAGGAGGAGGAGGUGGAGGAUCCGGGUCGUCUAACGGGUCUGCAUUCGGGUCUUUAGGGAGGAAAGAAGUGGUGACAACCCCAACAAGCCGUGUGAAAAGAGCGUUAGGGUUGAAGAUGCUAAAAAGAUCUCCGUCGAGGCGAAUGUCGACGGUAGGGACAGCUGCGGGAGCCGUUUCUGCUCCUACGUCGCCUGGUAAUGGAAGCACAGGAGGUGGUUCGUUGGGACACAUUAGCCCCGGAGCUGUGUUCUUGACGGUCCCGCCUUCUCGUCCUAGACGACCGUUAACCUCUGCGGAAAUCAUGAGGCAACAAAUGAGGGUGACGGAACAGAGUGACACUCGGCUUCGGAAAACCCUAACGAGGACGCUUGUUGGCCAAACGGGUAGGCGAGCAGAGACGAUCAUCCUUCCGUUAGAGCUUCUCCGGCACGUGAAAAUGUCGGAGUUUGGUGACGUACAUGAGUAUCAGAUUUGGCAAAGACGACAGCUCAAAGUCCUUGAAGCCGGUCUUCUCCUUCACCCAUCAAUCCCUCUUGACAAAACCAACAACUUUGCAAUGCGUCUCCGAGAAAUCAUCCGCCAGAGCGAGACGAAGCCCAUCGACACCGGAAAAACCUCAGAAACAAUGCCGACGCUCUGUAACGUUGUGGUCUCCUUGUCCUGUCGAAACGCCUCCAACCAGACCACCGACGUAUGCCAUUGGGCUGAUGGGUACCCUCUUAACAUGCAUCUUUAUGUGGCGCUCUUGCAAUCGAUUUUCGACAUUCGUGAUGAGACAUUGGUUCUUGAUGAGAUCGAUGAGCUCCUGGAACUGAUGAAGAAGACAUGGUCGAUGCUGGGGAUAACGCGGCCUAUGCAUAACUUGUGUUUUACUUGGGUUCUGUUCCAUCAAUACAUUGUCACCUCUCAGAUGGAGCCAGACUUGCUUGGUGCCUCUCAUGCCAUGUUGGCUGAAGUUUCCAAUGACGCCAAGAAGUCUGACCGCGAGGCUCUUUACGUCAAGCUUUUAACCUCCACACUGGCUUCUAUGCAAGGAUGGACUGAGAAAAGGUUGUUGAGCUAUCAUGACUAUUUCCAAAUAGGGAACGUGGGAUUGAUCGAGAGUCUUCUGCCAUUGGCGUUGUCGUCAUCUAAGAUUUUGGGGGAAGACGUGACCAUCUCUCAAGGGAAUAGUCAAGAGAGAGGCGAUGUGAAAUUGGUCGAUUCCUCAGGGGAUCGCGUCGAUUACUAUAUCAGAGCCUCCAUCAAAGACGCCUUCUCAAAGAUAAUUGAGAGCGCGAAGUCCAAAAUCUCAGCAACAGAGGAAGGAGAAGAAGCGGCGAAGAUGCUACUUCAGCUAGCUAAGGAGACAGAGGAGCUAGCUUUGCACGAGCGCGAGUGUUUUAGCCCGAUACUCAAAAGAUGGCACUCGGUUGCAGCUGGUGUUGCCUCGGUUUCGCUUCAUCAAUGCUAUGGUUCCAUCUUGAUGCAGUACUUAGCCGGCCGGUCUACUAUCACUAAGGAGACUGUGGAAGUCCUGCUAAUGUCGGGGAAACUCGAGAAGGUUCUUGUGCAGAUGGUGGCUGAAGAGUCAGAGGAAUGUGAAGAUGGAGGCAAAGCUCUUGUCAGAGAAAUGGUCCCAUAUGAAGUCGAGGCGAUCAUACUGCGACUUUUAAGGCAGUGGAUGGAAGAGAAAUUGAAGACAGUUCAAGAAUGCUUGAGUAGGGCAAAGGAAGCUGAAACUUGGAACCCGAAAUCAAAAUCACAACCCUAUGCACAAUCUGCUGGAGAGCUGAUGAAGCUAGCUAAUGAUGCGAUCGACGAGUUCUUCGAGAUCCCGAUGGGGAUCACAGAAGAUCUGGUUCAAGAUCUCGCUGAAGGAUUAGAACAACUCUUCCAAGAGUACACCACGUUCGUUGCAUCUUGUGGAUCAAAACAGAGUUACAUCCCUACGCUUCCUCCUCUUACAAGAUGUAACAGAGACUCCAAGUUCGUGAAGCUUUGGAAGAAAGCCACGCCGUGUACUGCCUCAGGCGAAGGUCUUAACAGCCUCGGUGCAUCCCCGGGUAUCCCCGACGGCCACCACCCGCGUCCCUCCACGAGCCGUGGGACCCAACGCCUCUACAUUCGCCUCAACACAUUACAUUUCCUAAGCUCUCAGCUUCACUCCAUCAACAAAGCCCUCUCGCUCAACCCGAAGGUCCUCCCUGCGACCCGAAAACGCCACCGCGAACGGACCAGCUCAUCCUCCUACUUCGAGUUCACGCAAGGGGGGAUCGAAUCCGCGUGCCAGCACGUCUCUGAGGUCGCGGCUUACCGUUUAAUCUUCCUAGACUCAUACUCGGUCUUGUACGAGAGCCUCUACAUCGGAGAUGUCGCUAACGCGAGGAUCAAACCCGCGUUGCGGAUCUUGAAACAGAACCUAACGCUAAUGACAGCUAUUCUUGCGGAUCGAGCGCAAGCGCUAGCGAUGAGAGAGGUCAUGAAGGCUUCGUUCGAAGUGUUUCUAACGGUUCUGCUAGCGGGAGGAUAUUCCCGGGUUUUCUACCGAACGGAUCACGACCUAAUCGAAGAAGAUUUCGAGAGUUUAAAGAAGGUUUACUGCACUUGCGGCGAAGGGUUGAUACCGGAAGAGGUGGUGGAUCUGGAGGCGGAGACGGUGGAAGGAGUUAUACAAUUGAUGAAUCAGCCAACGGAGCAGCUUAUGGAAGAUUUUAGCAUCGUGACGUGCGAAUCAAGCGGGAUGGGAUUGGUCGGGACGGGACAAAAGCUUCCUAUGCCUCCAACGACUGGACGAUGGAACAGGUCGGAUCCGAACACGAUCUUACGAGUUCUUUGCUACAGAAACGAUCGUGUUGCUAAUCAGUUUUUGAAGAAAUCGUUCCAACUGGAUUUCCUCAGAUACAUAGAAAACCGUUUGUUUCAAAGAAAAAUGGCGACAAUGGCGACGCAAGGGCCAUGGCUGCGGAUUGCUUCCGUUACUCGGCCGAAAUCAGUGGCGACAUCAACGGAACUCGGUUUUCUGACCUCCCAACUCAGUGGCGUGAGAAUAUCACAUGGUUGCAGUGACGUCAUCAAUCGUAUUGCUUUACCUUCCGCUCCCUCCCUCCAACCUAUCGUCGCUCGUAGGAUCUGCCCUUUUACUGGGAAGAAGGCAAACAGAGCGAACAAAGUAUCCUUCUCUAACCACAAGACCAAGAAGUUGCAAUUCGUAAACUUGCAAUACAAAAAAGUUUGGUGGGAAGCUGGGAAACGUUUUGUGAAACUACGGCUAUCGACCAAGGCCUUGAAGACCAUUGAGAAAAACGGUCUCGACGCUGUUGCCAAGAAAGCUGGCAUUGAUCUUCGUAAGAAGUAG